CUUGAUCUUUUAUUAUCAAAAUAGAUAAAAAUUUCAAAAGAUGUCUAUUGUGGCAUGAUUUUGAUAGGCUUUCCAAUAAAGGUUGUGAAUUAAGAUAUUUCAAUACUUUGAAAUGGAAGUGCUGUUAAUGAAUAUUGAUGUUUUGGGGUACAUGUUCUAUGGUUCAUAAUAGUGGUUUUGUUUGAAAACCUUGUUGGUUUAUUUUUUCUAUUGCUAUGAAGGUGUUAUUGUUUUUUUUUACUGUUGUCAAUGCAUUCUUUGGACCAAAUGGGAUUGCUAUAGCAAAAAAUUCAGCAAAAUCCGAAUAUGCACUAAUAACUGAAAAGAAAGCAUUGGUGUGUACUAUACACUCCAGUAACGCUAUUAUAGAUUUAAAAAAAGACGAUAAAACUUUGAUUCAUCUGGUAGUACGUGACAACAAUUUUAUUAACACUGAUGAUAAUUAUACAAUAUCGGGUAGCAAAACUAAUGACACAAUCAGUAUAUCUAUUAAAAUUAAGAUAAAAUUGUUUGAGGAUGAAGGUUUAUAUACAUGUUUUGUGAGUUACAAUAACAGGAUUGUAGAAGAAGAGUCAUACAAUUUGACAGUGUUUGAAAAACCAGCUAUUGCUUUGUAUCCAAGUAAUAUUUCAUACGAUUUAUACAAUAUUGAAAAAUUAAGUGUUUAUUGUAAUGGAACUGGUCAACCUUCACCAAAUGUGGUUUGGAUAUCAAGUUUUUCAAAUGAGAAAAUUAUGUCCCCUUGGCUUAAUAUUACUAAAUUUAAUGAAAUCGGUUUGCUUGAGUUUACUUGUCAAGUUUUUCAUCACUUUGGUAACUCUUCAUUUAUAAUCGCUUUGGUAGCUCUUAAAAUCACAGUUAAUAUUAGAGAUUCAAAGCCUCAAGACUUUAAGGCAGAUUCAGAUGAAACUAGCGUACUUCUACAGUGGAAGAAACCUAGCUAUUUUGGAAAUUUUUUUUUUUAUUACAAUUUAAGCAGUCCCUUUUUAAAUGGAAUUCUACUGGACAAUACAGUUACUUCUUAUAACUAUUCAAAUCUUCAACCAUUGCGUUGGUACACUUUUUAUUUAGCUAGUUGUAGUAAUUUUAGUUGCAGUGAUGUUGUAGAACGAGAAGUCUAUACACAAGCAAGACCUAAUGAAAUACUGGAGUUCAAAGUUCAAAAUAAGAAUGCAACAAGUAUUACAUUUUUUAUAAAGCAUGGGAAUCUAGGAUCAAUAAAUAAUAUUUCUUUCACUAGUGUAUGUAAAGAAGUUAAUGAACGGAAGCUUAAUUGCGCAAAUGUUACCUUGGAAACAGAUUCAAUAACAUUUUCAAACCUUCACCCAUAUACUGCCUAUCAAUUUCUAGCAAAAACAUGUAUAAAUAGGACAGAGCUAAUAUGUUACAGUGAAAUUAAACUGCUUGUGAACACAUCAAUGGCAGUUCCUUCUCCAGUUAAAAUCAUUCAUGUAAAUUACACUGAUGAUGAAAAUAAUAGCUUAGAUGUAAAAUGGUGUACACCUCACCAUAGCAAAGCAGAUAAGGUUCAAUAUAUUAUUGUCUAUAAAUAUUUAAAUGAUGAACUUAAUAUAUCAUUAGAAGAUCUUCAUCCCAUAAAUACUUGUGGUAACAAUCAACAUGAAUAUAGUUUUCGCAUUACCAAUCUAUCUGGAAAAGCUUGUUAUUCGAUUAGGGUAGAUGCAAAGAAUGAAAUGGGCGUAUCAAAUGGGAAAACAAUCAAGAUAUUGACUGAUGAAGAAGCUCCUUCUGCUCCAAUUAGUCUCACAUUGGUAAAAAAGACUGAAACGAGCUUGCUUAUUAAAUGGAUAUCACCUAAGACUUAUGUUACUGGAUUUGAGAUUAGUUAUUGUAUGAAGGAUUCUGAUAGUUGCAAACACCUAAAAUUUGGUAGAGAUAAAUCUGAAGCAGUGAUUUCUUCUCUUAAGGAAGACACAUCUUAUGCGAUAGCAAUAUCUUCUUACAUUAUUCGAUCAAGAAAUAACAAACAAUAUAAUAGCACUAAACUUGAGACGUUUUUUAGAACUGGUAAAAAGCAAAGAUUUUUGAUUCUUAUCCCCAUCAUAUUAGGAAUGAUUAUGCUGAUAAUUCUAGCUGUAACUAUAGUUUAUGUGCAACGUCACGGCUGCGUAGCAUUGUUCUAUCGUAAAAAACUCUUUAAAAAAGAUAACAUUAAAAAUGAAGUUAGGAAAAAUAUUCGAAAAAAUCUAAUGAACACAGAAGUUCUGAGAACGUCAUUGAAUCCAAUCGAUUUUUCUAAACGAGUUGCUGAACUGCAUUCAAACUCAGAUUAUUUGUUUUCUGAAGAGUUUGGAUCGCUAGGCCCACAUCGACCUCAAAGCACAUGUAAUGAUUCACGUACUGUUGAAAAUCAACCAAAAAAUCGUUAUCAUGAUAUCGUUGCAUAUGACCAAACUCGUUUUCGACUGCGCACAAUGUCUGGAGUACCUGGUUCAAAUUACAUAAAUGCAAAUUAUGUUGAUGGUUAUGAUAGAAAAAAUGCAUAUAUUGCAACACAAGCUCCUUUGGCACACACAAUUUGUGAUUUUUGGAGAAUGGUUUGGGAAUCAGAGUGUCGUGUUAUUGUUAUGUUAACAGAUUUGAUUGAAACUGGAAAGAAAAAAUGUGAUCUUUAUUGGCCUUUAAAAGGAAGUGAGACUUAUAAAGGCUUUAUUGUUACUCUUGAAGACACAAAAGUUUAUGCAUCUUAUAUUGUGAGGAAAUUAACAAUAGAAAAAGCAGAUAAAUCAUCUUGUGAAUCAUCAAAAAUUCGUGAUGUCUGGCAUUAUCAGUUUAUUGACUGGCCUGAUUUUGGAGUUCCUUUGAAUCGCUAUACUCUUUUAUCAUUUAUUCUUCGAACAAGAGAACACACAGAUCUUGCAAGUCCCGUCAUUGUCCAUUGCAGUGCUGGUGUUGGACGCACAGGGACAUAUAUUGUUAUUGAUUCUCAAAUUAAACAAUUUGAUGAUAAAGGAAAUUAUGAUGUUUACAAUUUCUUGAAGAGCAUUCGAUUGCAAAGAAAUUUCUUAGUGCAAAUGGAGAUACAAUAUAUUUUUAUUCAUGACUUAUUAUUGGAUUAUAUGUAUUCUGGUGUUACUGAAAUUUCAAUUGAAGAUUUAGAAAUUGCACUUAAUCAGGAUUAUUGUCGUAAAGAAGACAACAACAAGCUUCAUAAGGAAUGGCAGCUUUUGAAAAAUGUGUCUGCUUCUUGUGAACAACUUACAGCUGCUCUACGUCCUUGUAAUCGAUUGAAAAAUAAAUGUUCAAAUUCUGCUCUGCCAGUGGACACAUCACGUGUACGUUUAACAAAAAAGCCAUUUACAGAUGGAUCUGAUUACAUAAACGCAUCUUUUUUCAAUGGUUACUUUCGUAAAAAGGCUUUUAUAGUUACUCAAAUUCCACCAUUUGAUGAAAGAGAUGAAUUUUAUCGCAUGGUAUGGGAGAAUAACGUCAAAGUGGUUGUUAAUUUACUCACAGAAGAAGAGCUUACAGACAUCUGCAAUGUUAAUUUUUUAUUUGGUAUGACUAGCCUAAUUGAAACUGGAAGUAAUGAAAGUAUAGGUGGUUACUCAAUCGAAGUCAUCGAUGAAAGAAAAGAAAACAAUUAUAUUCAUAGAACGCUGACACUGUCAAACACUUCACUAGGAAUUCAUGGCGAAACUCGUCAGCUCCAUCAUUAUCAUUUUUAUAGUUGGCCAGAACUUUUUUUUCCGCGGAUGGCUUUUCUUUUUUAUUUCAUUAAUGAUGUAGUGAACUGUCAACAACAAUUUGGUGAUUCACCUUUAUUAAUUCAUUGCAAAAAUGGUAUAGGUCGUUCAGGAAUGCUUCUAGCGUUAUUGCUGUUUAAAGAGCAGUUAGAGGAUUCUUUAAAGAUUGUGGAUGUUUAUAAUACAGUCAAAACGCUGAGAAAUCAAAGGUUAAAUAUGAUUGAAUCAUUGGAGCAGUAUGAGUUUCUGUAUAAAGCCGUGGUUUCGUUAAAACACUAUAUCUUGUCAAACGGUAGCUGAUUUUAUUUUUAUACUGUCAAAGUUCUUCAUUGUUUAAGAUUUAUUUUAUUUUUUUAAUCUUAGAUUUUAGUUUUUUAUAUUUUUAUGAAUAUAUAUUUGUAAAUAAAUAUUUUUAAAUACAUACAAUUGCAAUAACAAUUUAUAAAUGUUUUUAAAAAAAUAUUUUAUUGUUAGUAAACAAUCAUGUAUUUAACGUUAAAUACAAUACGUUAUUUAAUCGUCCGAUAUUAACUAAAAUUUCACGGUUGUAGUUAUCUGAUAUAAUAUUAAGGCAGCUCUUUGGUCCUUUCAAAACUUAUCUUUGUGAAAUUAUAAAUUAGUUAAUUGACUAUUUAAAUUCCAAGUGUAAUAAUUAUUUAUGUAAAUAUAUUUUUAUUUCGGCAUAUUUUGAUUGUUUCAGUGUUGAUUAUAUGUUAAACAAAUCAAUA